AUGUUGGCCAAAGGGCUCUCGGACUCCAGCACUAUAAAUUGGUGGCGGGCGGUUGCUGUGGGAUUUGUCGCGAGUAGCGGGUCUAGUGGGAAGAACCGUUUAGGUGAGGCCUUGAGGGAGCUGAGUUCUCUUAAGUCGAAACGGGAUCUUGAGUUGCCUGCCAUUGUUGCACUCCUAUUUUUUCACAAGACUGCAGAACACGUUGAUUACCAGGAGGUGGACGCGUUGUCUAGCCAAGCGACCAGCGAGGCAGAGCGUGCAUCUGAACCCAGCCUCUUACUAGCAGCCCAGUUCCAUUGGUAUUCUGGUCUUCAUAGCGUCGACGAGGAGCAAGCAUGUACAGGGAUGCAAAAGCAGGCACAAGUGCUAUGGGCGUGGGUUGAGAUAUCAUCUCCCAGUUCUUCACGUCAGGAGCUUGAGCAACGCCGCCAAGCUGUCAGACUCUUGGAUGCUCGCGCACGUUACUAUGAAAUGGCUAAGCAGUACCCCCGCGCGUUGGACUUCUUAAACCAAGCUGUUGCGCUACAGUCCUGGGCACCGGCACUAUUAGAAAAAGCUAAAAUCCUCACAACUCUGGGGGACUGGGACCAGGCUAUGGAGAUGAUCCAGCGUGUUCUCCAGCAAAAUGAGAGGUCCAUGGAAGCUUUGCGUCUCAAUGUUCUUAUGCAGAUGACACAAAAGGUAGACGAAGAGACAGCGGUGGCUCAGCUACAGUUGCUUUCAAAGUCCAUGGAGCGCUACGAGGGUGUUAAUGCAAAGCUCUUUUUUGAGACAGCGCGUUCUCUGAGCCGCGUGUCGGGCAAAAGAGCAAAGAUAUUGGGGUUAUUGUCCCAAUUUUGCGAAAAAGCAAUUACAUUAGAUCCAUCUAGGGCAGAGUAUGUUGCAGAGCUGGCUCACGAGAAGGCCAUGCUUGGUGAUUAUGCUGGCGCGAUGGAGAUGUACAGAGAGGCGGGGCGAAGUGAUGAAACUAACCUCGCUGCACUGUAUGGCACGAUUUAUUGCCAGGUUAUGACUGGAGAACUGGAGGAUGCAGAACAACAAUUGGAAUUCAUAGCGGCGAUUUCUGAUUCCAUCGACCAGUCGCCACAGUUGCCUUAUCUCAAAGCACUGAUUGCCUGGAGACGCAGUGGAGAUGCAAGUGAGCAUGUUCAGUUGCUUGAGCAAGCAGAAAAACUUCACUUUCGGGGAUUGACAGAUCGGAGUGUGUCGAGCAUUUUCAACAACUUUUAUGGGCUAGACCCAGACUUUCUGAUUCAGCUCGCCAAGGAGUACCUUCAGCACUUGCGAUUCCAGGAUCCUUCGAGCGCCCGUGCACAAUUGGGGUCAAGCCCCGCUGGGGCGGUCAAUAGAGGUAUCGAGAUACUUGAGCGGGUUAGUGCGCAAGCCCCUGGGUUAAUUGAGGCCCAUUUGCUGGUGGCGCACGCGCGUCUUGCCGUAGGGCAAUUAGAAGCGGCAACCCGAACUCUCAAUCUCGCCCUAAGCCUUGACUCUCAAUCUGCUGCGGCUCACCUCCUUAUGGCUCGUCUAGCGCUCGCCCAGGACAACCACCGGGGUGCCUCCAACUCACUGGAACAAGCGAUUGCAUGUGACUUUCAGGUGCGCAAGGCCCCCUCAUACGCCUUGGUCAAAGCCAGACUUUGUGCAUACGAGGGCAAUCACGACGAGGCUCUCAAAACUCUGCAGGAAGCACUACGGCUUCCGGGUGUUCGAGAUGGCAUCCCAGCAGGUGUCCCAGGGUCUGUUCCCCAUGCAGAGCGUGCGGCAGUCUUCGUGGAUCUUGCAGACAUCCUCGCCACUCUCUCCCAAUUCCACGAGGCGAUGAGUAUCUUAGCAGAGGCACAGGAAAGAUUCCGAGGCACUUCUGAAGAAAUCAGGGUCCUGAUGUCCAAUUCUUUACUUGCAAUAAAACGCAACGACUUUGAUGGUGCCAUUCAGAUGUUAAACGGGGUUCCGCAGUCGUCGCCUGCAUAUGUGCACGCCCAGCAGGCCAAGGCUAAUUUUUACCUUAGCGUGAGACACGACAAGCGCGCUUACACACAAUGUUUUCGGGACUUGGUUGGCUUCGACCCUAGUGCCCAGUCCUACGAGCGCCUUGGUGCUGCAUACAUGCAUAUCCAGGCCCCCGAAGCAGCCAUUGAAGCCUACGAGCAAGCUCAUAAUCUCGACCCACGUGACGCAUCACUUGCUGCUAAAAUUGGCCGCGCUCUCAUUUCUACGCAUGACUAUUUGAAAGCCACCGACUAUUACGUUACAGCGUUACAGGCUCAUGCAGAUGAUAUCCAUUUGAGGCACGAUCUUGCCAGGCUAUUUGUCAAGCUGAAAAAAUAUGGCAGCGCCGUUCAGGUCCUCACAUACGCGCUAGAGCCAAUGGGCACGUCGACCGAGCUUCCUAGGAUGAUUCGGGAUGUCCAGUCCUUGCUCCUGCUCGCUGAGGUGUUUCUCCGUGCCGAAGAGAGCGAGGGUGAUGAAGAUGCCGAGGAGAACAUGUUUGGCGCAGAUCAUUCUAUUUCACAGACGCUUCUCCGAGCUCGUGAUUUGCAGCGGACAGUUUUAGAGCGAACUCGGUCAACGAUGGAACCUCCCGAGGUCUUGAACGAGCAGAAGAAAGUAAUGGCCGAGACUUGUCGCAAGCUUGCCCUGUUUUACUUGAAAGAGGACAAACUUGAGCAUAAGGCCAUCGAGUCUUACCAGGAAGCGCUCAGAGCAGACAAUGUAAAUGAAGUCUGCAUGCUCGAACUCGCAAGGCUCUGGCUCAAGCAGCAGCAUCUUGAUAAUUGUGAACAACAAUGUGCUGCCCUUCUAAGGGUGAAUGCGAAUCACGAGGAGUGCGCCAUGCUUCUUGCUGACCUCCUCUUCCAGAAAAAGGAUCAUGAUGCGGCUACCGCAAACUUCCUCAAGCUCCUGGAAAAGAAACCAAAUAAUUACUUAGCCCUCAGCAAAUUAAUUAAGCUGUUGCGCCGUGCUGGGAGGCUCGAUGACGUUCCUCGAUUUCUGAAACUUGCAGAAUGCUCAAAUGCUCGCGCGCUCUCUCACCCUGGUUUGAACUACUGCAAAGGUUUACACUGUCGAUAUACAAAUGAUGUUGUCGAAGCGGUGAAAUUUUUUAACCUAGCCAGACGUGAUGGUAAGUGGGGUGUUCUCGCCCUCAUAAAUAUGAUCGAACUUUACCUAAAUCCAGAUAAUGAGACUCAGCGGGCUUACCUUUUACUAGCUUUGGAUUACAGGUGGGACGACAGCGUGGAGCUAGAACAUAGUUCGGAGGCCGCGGCGGUUGCAGAUCACCUCUUCAAGGAACUGAGGACAUUCAUUCUCCCUGAUGAACUCGACCUCAAGAUUCAAGUACUAGAAGCAUACAUCUUAUUGGCGACUCGAUCCAAAUCCAAAAUCGACCAGGCUAUGCAAAUAUUCAUUGAUAUUUUAGAAAAGGAGAAAGACUACCUCCCAGCUCUGCUAGGCAUGUCUACGACUUUCAUGCUCGAGAAAUCUACAACCAAAGCGCGCAAUGCACUCAAGCGUGUUGCAAAGAUGCCAUACUCACACGAGCUUGCAGAUGACUUUGAAAGAGGCUAUUUGCUGCUAGCUGAUAUUUACAUCCAGAAAUCCAAGUUCGAUCUGAGCGAGGACCUUUGCAAUCGCUGUCUAAAAUAUAACCUAAGCUGUGGGAGAGCCUGGGAGACCAUGGGAGUCAUCCGCGAGAAGGAGGCUUCGUAUAAGGAUGCUGCUGAUAUGUAUGAAAAAGCAAACGAGCGAGCAUGGCUCCUCGAGCACGAAGCCUCUGCGACAGUGGGAUUUAAGCUUGCGUUUAAUUAUUUAAAGGCAAAAAGGCACGUUGAGGCAAUAGACGUAUGUAACAAGAUCUUGAACCUUUACCCAGACUACCCAAAAAUUCGCAAGGAGAUCCUCGAAAAAGCCAUGGAAGCCCUCCGCCCGUGAAUCCGCCGUCGGCCUGCAUAUGUUCUUGGAAUCUCGUGUUUUUUUUGCCUCCUGCGCUGCAGAAGCCGCUUCUACACUACGUCGCGCCAGCAACAUGAGUUUCGAAAACUAGACUUUCCCUGUCCCUGAAAGCGCAUCUCGGAUAGAAGAGGACCCUGCUGCGGUGAAUCAGGCUGGGUUUAUUUAAACUGCUAGAAACGCCCUUCUCCGCCGACAAAUGCAAGUCCGAGAUGUCCAGGUCAUAGCCAAAUGUGGUGAGGGGGCCUACUAUGGGGGCGCACUCCUUGCCCAGCUGGCCCAUUCCCCUUCGCCAUCUCCUAGGACACCCGGGCGACCUUGCCGUAGCUCCCCCGGGCAUAGAGUGGCCUCCGCCCCAGCAUAGGUUCUGCGACAAGUCAAGUAAAGAGCCACCAAUACCCU